AUGCCCGGCCCCGGGGAAGAUCAGGUCCAGCCCCCGCGCUCAGGCUGCUCUCCGGCCCCCCGGUCUCCCGCGCUCCAUCGCGGCUCCGCGGACCUUGGCAGGUCGCGCACCCCUCGACACCUCGAGCCCUUUUCCGUCGAGGCCAUCCUGGCGAGGCCCAAGGCCCGCGCGCCCGCUGCCUCCCCGCUGUCCGUCUCCGCCUGCGCCGCCUCGGGCACCUGGACCGCUCCCUCCGGGCCUCUGGCCCCGGUUCUGCCGUGGGCGUGCGCGGCGGCAUUGCUGCCCGCCUACCUGAGCGUGGGGCUCUACCAGCAGUUCUCCCAGCCUCCUGCGCCGGGGCUGCGCGUGGUUCACCUCUGCGGCCUCCAGGGCCCCGGCCUCACAGGUUUGGAGCUGGAUCACUGCCCAGGCCACUGGAGUCCCCCAGACUGGGCCCCGGUCAAGGACCUUCAGGACACCGAGAGACCCAAAAAGAGGGUUCGAACUUUGUUUAACUUGGAACAGCUGCAAGAGUUGGAGAAAGUGUUUGCCAAACAGCACAAUCUAGUAGGGAAGAGCAGAGCCCAGCUGGCAGCCCGGCUCAACCUUACAGAGAACCAGGUGAGGGUCUGGUUCCAAAACCGCAGGGUCAAGUAUCAGAAGCAGCGAAGGCUAAAACCACUGGCCACGUCCGCUGAGGCUGCCUCCCCAGACGAGCCCUCCAGCAGCUCUGACACCGUCACCCAGAGAGAAGACACCGAGUCAGGAGUGGGCAGCUGAGGACGGGGACGCAGGCUCCACCUGGGCGGUCGGGCUGGCUCUUCCUGGAAACACCCACUGAACCUCCCGGCCCCACAUCUUAACAUAGAGCCUCGUCAGGGUCAAAGGGCACCAGAGGAAUCAGAACUGUUGAGAAUUUUUCAAUAUUGACUCUCGGGAGCUGCAAUAAUGUAAUGGUCAGGAGCACAGACUUUGGCUUUCGGCUAUGACCUUGGCCACAUUACUGAACUUCUGAGCCU